UAUUAAUCAUUUUCAAUAAUAAUACUGCCUUGGGAACCUAAUAGGAAAAUCAAAGGUCAUGAUGCUGAUAUUUUCAGAAUAUCUCCUGGCUGAUGUGGACAGUAAAUGAUAUUCACCCAUCAAUCAUUCCUCUACUUCCUGCAACUGAAUCUCCCUGGAGGAGUCAUCAGAUCCUCUCAAUCUUGAAGACUGACAGGAAGUCCCUGUGGACACCAGCUCUAUGCAAAAUCAGGAGGGAUCCUUGACACUAAGAUUUAAAAGCCCCACCUUCAGAACAAAAUUAGAAAACUCAGAGGUUAAGUUACAGUUAUUGCAGCUUCUGGAAAGGUGUAGAACAUGAAGGGAUUCAGAAGUCUGGUGGUAACAACCUUGGCUCUUUUCCUGGUGUUUUCUUUCAUGGGAAAUUCCAACAGUGCUCCGCAGAGACUCUUUGAGAGAAGGAACUGGACUCCUCAAGCUAUGCUCUACCUGAAGGGUGCACAGGGGCGCCGCUUCAUCUCCGACCAGAGCCGGAGGAAGGACCUCGCCGACCGGCCGCCGCCCGAAAGACGAAGCCCAAAUCCCCAACUACUAACUCUUCCAGAGGCAGUAGCUGUGCUAUUGGCUUCCUUGCAGAAACCGCAAGAAGCUGGAGAAGAAAACUUUGAUCAAGCCAGAUUCCUAGAAGACAGUCUGCUAAACUGGUGAAAAUAUACCAGAUUCCAUUCAAUUAUAGUUCUAUUCUUGUUGAAAACAUGAACCAUGUGAAUAAAGCCUGUGGACCCUUUUUAUGUUCAUUUGUAAUCUUAGGAACAUGUGCAGCCAGUUUUAUUCUUCCAGAAGCUAA